ACAGGAGGAAUGUGAGAAUAAAGGAAACUGCGAGGAAGCUUUUUUCUUUUCCACAUUAGCUGACACUUCUUGUGCUUUUUGAGUUUCAUUCAUUCUCCCUCUCUCUUUCUUUCUCUGCCUUCUUUCCCUCUCUCUCUCUCUUUCUGUCCUCCCUUGUCUGCCCAGCCUGGCCCGCCCUCUCUCCCUCCUUUCCUCCCUCUCCCUCCUUGCUCAACCUGCUUAUCUGAGCUGGGCAGGGCUCGAUACACUCACAGCACAGGGGGAGGGCCUUGUCUGCUUUCAAUCAAUAACCUCUGGAAUUCAGAAAUACAAGUAGGUCCUGUCUCUGGCAGGCUGCACCACACUCAGGAGGGCGGGCUCGAAGCCACACUCGACAAACUCUCUGUCUAUCUGCUCCCGGCUUUCUCUCUGAGCGUUUCCUCAGGUCUUAACCGUGUUGUUAGUCCAUCACAAUGGCUGACCACACUUCCCCAGACUACUUCAACUGCUCCGUAUGUCUCAACCUCCUGAAGGACCCGGUGGCGAUCCCCUGCGGCCACAGCUUCUGCAUGGACUGCAUCAGCGGCUACUGGAAUGAAGCUGACUAUACAGGGAUUUACAUCUGCCCCCAGUGUAAGAUCACAUUUACCCAGAGGCCUGUGCUGAGGCCUAACGCCACCCUGAGCAUGGUGGCAGAGAAGAUCAAGAAGAGCGGGCUGACCCUUAACCUCAACACCUCCCAGGGGAACAUCUACGCAGGCCCCAGCGAUGUCCCCUGUGAUUUCUGCUCCGGAAAGAAGAUGAAAGCUGUGAAGUCCUGUCUCAACUGUCUGGCAUCCUACUGCGAGAAACACCUGAAGCCUCACUACGAGUCAGCCACCUUCAAGAGGCACAAGCUGGUGGACGAGCUGGGGAACCUGGAUAGGAAGAUCUGCCCGCAGCACCAGAAGUCCCUGGAGCUCUUCUGUCGCACAGACCAGAUGUGUAUCUGCGCUAUCUGCACUGUGAGCGAACACAAGGGCCAUGACAUUGUGUCUGCAGAGGCUGAGAGAAGUGAGAAACAGGUAAGAUAAGCUCCUGGUCCCGAAGAUUUUGACUUCUGAUCGACCAAACACCUGCUGGAACUGAAGAGUAGAAAUCAACCUCUUAGAUUUGGAGUAGAAGAAGAAAAGAUGUUUACGUUCAGAGAGAGAAGCAGAGACCCUGUAUGGAUCAGACAAAUCAGCUAAAUAUGUGAAAGGUAAAGGAAGAGUAUGGGUCAUGUGGCAUUAGGACAACCAUUUCCGGCCAAUCUUGGAGAGAAGAAAAGUGUCAUUUCAGGUCAGAAAGUCAACUACUAACUGUAUUUCUACAAAGAGAUCCUUUAAACCGACUUAAUACUUGAAGAUUUAGGAAAAAUCUAGUUCAGGGGGUGAUAAUAAAACCAUUUUCAGUCAGUUUUCUGGGAUGUCAAAUGGCAUUUUAGGUCAGAGUGAUAAGUAAAGAUCCUGUUCCCAGAGAUUUAUCCUUUUUAUACUAAACUCAACACUGCUAGUGACGGGACAAGAUUGGAAAAAUCACUUUUCGUCAGCUUGUGAGAGAAAGAAAGUGUUAUUUCUGGUCAGAGAGAUAAGCUUUGACCCAGUUUCAAGAGAGAAACCUCAACUUGAGGCUCCUGUCUUAACUCUUUGAAGUUUCUCAGACCAAUCAACCUGUAAAAAAGGUUCAUUAUAUAUAUAUUUCAGAAAUCAAUCAUUGGUUAAGUAUUUUGGCCAAAGUAAACAGGCUGUUUUCCUCAAUUCUUCCCUGUGCUUUCAAACUGGCGUCUGUACUUUGACCCGUUUCACCAACACUAUCAGCUAAACUGGCAGGCAUUCACCGCCAAAACAAAUCCAGCUCUCUGAUUAGCCGUACGAACGCCGGGGGAGUGUCUCCAGCAGUUAUCGCCUCUGAAAGCUGCUCUUUUUUCUUCAGCGAGAGAGUUUGGUGUUUUCCAGCUGUGGGAUAGACUCACAGAAACUUUCUCUCUGCUGCUUUGGUUCCCACCUGUGGGAGUGGGGCUGUAAGGAUACAGGAAUGGAAGGGAGGAGGGAGUCAAGGCCCAGUGCUGAUGGACACUCUAAUGACUCACCUGACCUGCCGGCCGUAAAACUGGAGAUAAGAGUGUCAACAGAUACUGUGGGAUAAAUCUGGAGGGUUUUAUUCAUGAGGUUUUACAGCACAGUGAAGGAUUUUUAGAGUCUGGUGUGGUUGUAAUUCAGCUUGUUGUUUUCCUUCAGAGUCUGCUUUCUCUCAUCCAAAGAUCUACAACCUGAAUCCCACGUCUCCCUCCAUCUCCCGCUCUCCCUCUCCCUUCCCCCCUCCCAUGUUCACCCCCCUCCUCAGAUUCCCUACAUUCCUCAAGCUUAUCUUGAAGAAUGGGUCGGUGGGCUUGAGUAAAAGCUGAAUUAGAAGCCCCUCUAUUCUGCAUGUCAGCGCUGCAUGCACCUUGAAACAUCUCUUUUAAAGUCAGGCAGCGGUAGAUUCACAUUCCUGACAUGAUCCAAAUUCCAGCUCAGAUUUUUCCCCACAACUCUCCCUCUGAGAUAAAAGCCGGCCGUAUUAAGAAAAUAUCCUUUGAGGAGGCUUUAUUAGACGAGCUGGAGGGCCUCCUCAGAUAUUCCUGCAUGAGAACAAUUUUUUUUUGACCAGACCAACAAAUAUGAGGCUUAAAAUGUCCUACAAUAAAACAGCAUGCCAUUCAGUGUCUGCGACUACCUUUGCAUUUCUAAUUAAAGAAAGCCAGCGUGGGAGUGCAUGUGAAACAAAACCCUGUAACCUUAGAUUAAUGUGACUUUUUCUCUGCAGAAACUUUUAGGAAUCUCCCAGGCUGAGAUCAGACAGAAAUGCCAGGAGAGGGUGAAGGAGCUGGAGGAGCUGAAGACUGCUGUGGAUUCACUGAAGGUGAGUGGAGUCAGGUCAAUGGGCUUUAUGCACCGAUCUACUACUUCCCGAAAUUAAGACAGCUCCUUUAUUUCCUGUCUUACAUUAUUGGAUAAACUGAUUAAUCCAGGUGUGUCUGAUUGGUCACAAUGAUCAGUUACACCUGGAUUAAUCAGUUUGUCCAAUAAUGUAAGAAAGGAAAUCAAGGAGCUGCCUAAAGUUCAGGAAGUAGUGGAGCUGUGCAUAGAGCCCAUUAAGAACAAUGAAGUAGGUACAACCAUUUGUAACCUAAAAUUAAACUCCCUUAACAACAAUCUUUGAACAAUGACAAUUAUCAGACACCUGGUUAGUCUCUGUUAUGUAAUGGCAAUUUAUAGAAGUCAUGUCAUAGCAUUAUUAUUAGCUCUGAACCUUGAGUCUCAUGCAUUUCUCCCACCACUGCCAUAGUUGUUGAUAAAGAUGUUAACACAAGUCCAGCCCCUUCUUCAUUGUGAUUGGUCGAUGGUUAAGAUGUGACUUGGCAGAGCACAGCAGCUUUCCAAAAGUUGAGCUAAUUUUGACUGAGUGUUUCUGGUGAAAUUGUUCUGCAAAUUUUAUCCAUCCUACCACGUGAGAGCAGAUUUCGAUGCUUCUUUCUCAGGUCAACAGCUCGGAGUAGUCUCUUGGAAAUACCGGCUCUUUUUAGUGAUCCAGAUUAUUUGGCUCAGCAACAACCAGCUUUUUAGACUCCAAAGCAUUUUAUCAAAAUAUCAUACAUGCAGUCUCCUCAGCUCCCAAAGUGCCAACACCCCACCACAGUUGAGAUGUCUGCUACACCAAAAUGAUGAUGUUUUAGGAAACUGAAUCUGACAGAGUAAACAUUUACUUCAAUAAAUAUACGCAUUAAAUUCAAAAAUAGGGAGGAUGAUUAAUGAUUAACAGAAUUGAUAGACUUGUGUCCAGCUCUAGAGAUUUUAUAAAAUGAAAUAUAGAAAACAAACCAAAAUUAACAGAAACACAAUUCCUUUUUUUUUUUUUAAAGCAAAUGUAUUUUUUGUAGUUGAAACGUAACAGACAAAACAAAAUACAAAGACUAAUGAAGUCACACGAAUGUCCAAGGUUAAAGGUUUAGACUGGCUCUUCAGCUUAUUCAUACCAGUCCCUUUUACAUCACAAAUAACUACCACAAAAACCUCUUCAUAGCAAGAACAGAUGUUCUGUCAUUAUUUUCACCCAUUGACAUUAAAUACCAACUGCUUAUACUAACCCAAAAACAUACUAUACUGCAUAAUUUGAUUAUUCUAUUGCAUGACGAAAUUAUUCCUAUUGUUAGUACUCUAAACAAAUCUAUCACUGGACCACAAAUCAAUCAAUCAAUCAAAUUGUAUUUACAUAGCGCCAAAUCACAACAGUCUUUAUCCCAAGAUGCUUUCCUAAAAAAAUAAAUAAAAAAAAGCAGGUCUGGACCACACUCAUUGUUUGAUGAAUUACCAAGACCCAACCUUAUAAUGGGACAGAGUUGACCCAUCUCAUCGAACAUGAGUGACAGUGGCAAAUAACAUCAUAAAGUCAUUAACAGGCCAGCAUCAGAUGAAGCUUGAUGUAAAUAAAACAAAGACAUUCUUCUACUUUCGGAAUAAUUCAUGAAAUACAGUAAAAAGUUGUUACAUACAGAAGUACUUGUAUGAAACACUGAGAGAGUCAUUUUUUCCCAUGCAGAACUCAGCUCAGAGAGCCAUGGUGGAGAGCCAGAAAAUGUUUGAGGACAUGAUCCGCUCCAUUGAGAGGAUGAGGUCAGAGGUCACCAAGCUGAUCGGCAUCAACGAGAAAGCUGCUUUCAACCAGGCCGAGGCUUUGAUCGAGAGGCUGGAACAGGAGAUUGACGAGCUGAAGAAGAAGGAGACCGGACUCAAACAGCUGUACAGCACUGAUGACCACAUCCACUUUCUGCAGGUAGCAAAGCAGUUAUCAUUAGACGCAGCUUUAAAUAACCACAUCAGCAUGGUCUGAGGAACACAGUGCGUAACUGUAUUGUGCAGCAGAGGAGGGGAGUGAUUAUCCAAACAUUUGGGAUCUCAGGAGAGCAGUUUCUUGUGUUUUGGAAGUAAAAGGUUCAAUUCUUUUCCAAAAUAGCCGCUCAACAGGUUGGGAUCUUCUUUGAUGCAUUUCUUGUGUCAUGAUGCACCAAAUGUUUUCAAUGGGUGACAAGUCAGGACCGAAGGCAGGCCAGUUAAACAGCAGGACUCUUCUCCUACAGAACAAUAAUGUCAUAAUGAAAACAGAAUCUGGUUUAGCAUUGUCUUCUGAAAAGGUCAUUCACCAGACGACAGCAUGUAUUGCUCCAAAACCUGUUUAUAUUGGCCAGUAUUGAUAGUGAUUAUCCAGGUGUGUAAGCCACACAAAUGAGGGGCAUGUCUCCUCAUACUGUCAAAGAUGCUGAUUUUUUAACUCUGUCCUGACACAAGGGUGGUCCCUCUCCUUUUUAGUGUGGAGGACACAGCAUCCAUGAUUUCCAAAAAGAAAGCCAAAUUUUGAUUUGUCAGACUGCAGGACAGUUUUCCACUUGGCCUCAGUCUAUCUUCAGUUUGCUCAGACCUGAAAGUUUUAACCUGCAUUUGUGGAUGCAGUAAAAAUUGUGUUCACAGACAAUAGUUUUGGGAUAUAAUUUUGAGCCCAUGCAGUGAUUUCUACAACAUAGUCAUGUCUUGUUUAUGCAAUGCUGCCUGAUGGAUCACAGCCAUUCAGCGCUGAUUAUAAACUUUGUCCCUUUUGUACAGAGGUUUAUCCAGAUUUUCUGUAUCUUUUAAUAAUUUUAUCUGCUGAAAAUGAUGAAAUCCACAAACCUUUUCAAUUAUUAUUAUUAUUUUUUUACCACGGAACAUUCUUCUGAAAUUGUAAAACUGUUAGCUCACAGUCUCUCAAGGACGAUUCUUCCCAUCUUCAUUGCUGCCUCUGCUAUUUUAAUAAGUCAUUGCAAAUUGACUUCUUUUGCUAGGAGAUUUUCCUCCUGUGUAUUUUUAGUGUUAUACAACUUUUUCAGUGUUUUGUUGUCCCUGUCCUAUCAUUUUGAAAUAUGUUGCUGAUUUCUGACAUGAAAUGAAAGGAAAUUUUGCACUAUUUUCGAAAGAAUAUAGGCUUGAGAUGACCUGCAAACCAUCAAAACCUGUUUUCUCAAACUCAUCUGAAUUGGAGUAACACACUUGAAAAUUGUGCUGCCAUUUCAACAACAUUUGAGCAUGAAGUCAAGGGAAAAUAGCAGCUGUGUUAACAUAAGUGGACAUUAUUUUGAUUUUUAAGACUCUAGUUGAUGAUAUUUUAUUUGUUGGGUAGUGAAAAGGCAGCCAUAAAGUAGUGUAGUAUCAGACAUGAAAUGAAAAGAUGGAAAAGAAGGUGUGAAGUGUACCGUAGGUCAUUAUCCAGAGCCAAGCCUUUGUGAUCUAUGCAUUGAUUAGUGACCGCCCAGAUACCAAACUAUGUGUCUUACGCAGGUUGUAAAUUAUUCAUAUCGACAGUUUAAAGGUAAUCGAGUCCUUUGUACACAUUAGGCGUAGUGAUAUCUAAACUGGCCAGACAGGCAGUGUUAACAUCUGCAGUUAUGUUACUCACAGUUUUGUGAAUGGGUUUCUCCAUCUUCAUACAGUGUGUUCCUUUGUGUUUAAAUCUAGGCAGUACCAAAGGGAGUUUACAAAAACUUUCUAUGUGGUCAAAUGAAGAGGGCGUCUCUCAUUCAGACAGCUCACUCUGAUGAAUACUUUCUUUUUUUUUUCCCCAUCAGAACUUUAACUACCUGUGCACACCCACUGAUGACAGCGUCAUACCCAGAGUGAUGGUGAACCCAGACUUCUCCUUUGCAUCUGUGAGGAAGGCCGUGGCUGAGAUUAAGGAGCGCCUGGAGGAGUUUGGCAGAGAGGAGCUUUUAAAGAUCUCCAAAUCAGGUCUGACAGGAGUAGUAACUCUCAACAUAUACUUUAAGAGCUUAAACAUCAAACAGUUUCCUUAACAUGACCUUUUCAUGUUUGAUAGUGAAUGAAGUCCCAGUGUACACAACAGCAAGCCGGACACUGGACAGGAGGAGCAGAGGUGAGCUGUCACGUCUCUAAGCUAUAGAAAGCCACAGGAGGUUAAUGAUUGUUAGACUGAUAAAGUAGAGCAUAGCACAAAGCAUUGCAUCAUACAGGCUUUGUUAAAAAGACAUCAUCUCAGGAAUUACAGGCAUGUGUGUGGGCGUUCACAGAUCACGCCGACCUGACUGUGUUUCUUUAUCUGCAGGCAAAGAGAUCAUGACGGUGGACAACUCUCCUCCUCCAGAGCCCAAGAACAGAGCAGAUUUUCUGAAAUGUAAGUGCCUGGUGGAUUUAAGGAGCUGUAUUUCAAUUGUAACACUGUCUCUUUUUUAUGUGAUCAGUCUUCACAGCCUUUUCGAUCCAUGCCUACCAGUUUUAUCAACACAGGCUGUUAUGGAUAUAAGAAUAUCAAAAGUACAGUAAAAACUAUGGAGCUCUCUUCCUAGAGAUCCAAACCCCACAGAUAUAUUUUGAAAGCCAAAAACUCCCGUUCUGGGUUUCAAACUGGUUAUUCAACAGAUUGGAAUUGAUGCUUGUGGCACUAUUGAACCUGAAACAGUAAAAGAAGACCAUCAACAGUCAAAUUGAUCAUUCAUGUAUUGUAGUUUUUUGUCUUUAAGUAAGUAACCACUCCUGGUAAUGUGUCAGACCAGACAAGAUACAGCACUGUGCCAAAACAGCCUUUGUUUAUGUUUUCCUGAGCCAAGAUUCACACUGAGCGAUAAUUUUGCUGUAUUAAAAAUUCUUUAUUUAUUUUAUUGUUCUUCUUUUGCACAUUUGCAUUGUAGCUUUUUGGUGCCUGUCUUGUUUGUUAUGAUUUCGAUGGUCCAGGAAAACCUUUAAUUAUUAAGAAUGAGCAGCUGCAGCUCAGAGUGGCUGGUCUCCAAAUUGGAGGGUUGGUGGGAUUGAUCACAGCUCCUGCAUUUGUGUCGGGCAAGACAUGAGACCCCAACUGAAUGGGAUCAGUUCAUAAUUAUGGGAACUAUUCAUAGCAUCCUCUGCCAUCAGUAAAUUAAGUGAGUCAGCAUUUCUGAUUUGGCAACCACCAUCUUAUUUGUGCAGGCACCUGUGAUGUUUGUAUAUUUGUUUAUUUGCUGAUUUGUAUGGCUUGUUUAUUUCAUUAUCUAUCUGAAGUGAAUUUUUUGGCCUUUAUUGCAUUUAUUUUAAGAAGUUAGGGGAGCAGAUGAUGCACUAAACUCUGAAAGUGGCAAGCAUGAUAGGGGAGCCAUAAGCCAGAGUUGAAUCUGGGCCCCCUGCUUGAGGCCAAACCUGAGUAUACAGGGUGUGUCCGUAGACCACUCAGCCAGCAGUGCUCCUGAUAUCACCCUCAGAUUCAGUUGGGUUAUGAGUGCAGGUUAUAUGUACUUGUUGGGAGCCAAAGGGACGAAAUUGACCAUUAAUUGUGUUAUCAUUAUUACACGAUUAGUCAAUAAUAAAAAAAAUGUAUUUUUUUCCUGCAGAUUUCUGCCAGCUGAAACUGGACUCCAGCACGGCCUACAAAGAGCUGUACAUCUCUGAAAACAGCAGGAAAGUCAUCCGCACCAGAGACCUGCAGCCCUACGGGGAGCACUCAGAUAGGUUUGACAGCUUCGCUCAGGUGCUGUGUAGGGAGGCUCUGUCUGGAGGCCGCUUCUACUGGGAGAUCGAGUGGAGCGGGGAGUUCUCCAUCGGCGUGGCAUACAAAGGCAUCAGCAGGAAGGGCAAAGGCUCGCUGUGCCUGCUGGGAUACAACGACAAGUCUUGGAGCCUCCUCUGCUCUGACACGGGAUACUCCGCUUGGCACAACCGUGUCGACAAAGCCAUCAACGCCCCCCACUCCCCCAGGAUAGGCGUGUACCUGGACCACACAGCAGGCGUGCUGGCGUUUUAUAGCAUAGGAAGUGGCAUGACCCUGCUGCACAGGUUUGAGACCACGUUUGUUGAGCCGCUUUAUCCAGGCUUUGGAGUAGGAACCUCAGUCAAGAUCUGCAACAUCAAAUAAACACUGAUACCUGAGCUCUUAUUUCCCAUGUUUUCUCACAAUGAAUAGCAAAGCUUCUCAAAUACACUGUAUAAAUAUAUUUUUUGCAACAUCUAAAACUGUACCAAAACCACAUUAAUGAAGUUUUAUGGCUUAUUUUUGCUCCUGCCAAAUGUGUACAUAGAUUUUCUAACACUAUACAUCACGUCAUUUUUUGUGCAUUUUGCCGUUAAAUUACAUUUUAAUAAAGAUAUGAUAGUUUUAAGAUGUUAUUGAACACAUAUUUACAAUAUAAUCAGACAAUUGCAGUAUAAAAAGAAGUGUUAUCUCUUUCAGUACCUGAUAAUGACAGCUGGAUAAUGUCUCAACAUGUCAGUAUUUGAUAAAUGUGAGCCAGACCUGUUAGUGUUUCCUGUUUCCACUUAUUUAUUGACAUUUACACAAUGUUAAUGCUUGAUAAAAGGUGUCACUUAUCUUAAAUUAUGAGGCAUAAAUUACUAAGAAUCACCCUGAGACCAGAACAACAGUUCCCAAUAAUACGACAUGUUUACAAUCAUAAAUGUUUAUUUAAUAUGAUUGAUCUGAGUGAAAUUAAUAGGUUCGAAAUAGUGCAUAAGCAUAUUUUUUAGUGUUUUGCACACAUUUAAAAACACAUUUCAUUUUUUUGUCAUGCUGUCGUGUUUUUAUAUUAUCUGACUGUCAUCAUAUUGUUUGCUGAGAGUCCUCACGGUUUAUUUUUACAUGAACUAACCCUUUAUUUAAUUUUAUCUAUGCUUACUUCCAUGAUGUACAUCCAGAGUAUGAUUGAUAUCACAUAAAAAUGUUUUGGUAACAAAAUUAUUCAUAAAUAGUUCUUAAUAAAGAGCUACUUGAAUACA